UAACCGAAAAUUUUCUAGGGUUAGGGCUUAAAUUAUCAUAACCCUAACAAUAUUCUUUCGGUCAGUGUCUGAUAGUAGAUUGAGCAACAGAGGAACGAUGUCGAAGAAGAACAACCUCGCCAAGAGAAAGAAGCAGUACGAAUUCGAUCUCCAAAGAGAGAAACAAGAGAAGAUAAAGAAAGAGCAGAAGCUCCAUGCGAAGAAAAACAAGAUGAAAGUUGAUGGUAGUGACAAGAAAAAGAAAGGUGGGAGUGGAUUUCAGGUGGGGAAGAGAAAAGUGAAGACCAAGUUGACUGCCCUUGCUAAAGCUAAGGCUGCCCAGGCAAUGGAGCUUGACAAAUGAGCAUGUCCGCCUUGCAAGUUAUUUGCAGCGAUGAAGAGUUUGGCAUUUUGUUUUCAUGAUGAGGUAUAUGCUUUCUGUGGCCACUUGAUGCAGUCCAUUGUUAGAAGAACUAGUAAGGUGUAAUUGAUGUCCGAAUCUGAGCAUUGAGAGCAGGAAGAUUUGCUUGCUUGCUUGUGAUGGUUUUGAAUCCCUAAUGAUGAUGAUGAUUAUGUGAUUGUUCUAGUGAGAGUAUAUGGUCAGCAUAAAACUGCUUAAAUUCUUAGCUAGUAAGGGGAGUAGAGAUCCUCUCCAUUUUUUAGGUAAUUGUUAUGCACGGAUGUAUCUGAGCAUUGUGAGCCCAACAAUGCUUGCAGUUUAAGUUUCAAAUUCUUAAGGGUUAAAAAUCGUUUCAAGUAAAAUCUGUAUUACUGGAAGUGGGGAGAUAGGGUUUUCCUCUUCAAAGAAACAACUUUUUGAGGACAAUGAAACAAAUACUUUCUAGGAAUGUCUGAUUUGUCAAUGUAUUUCAUGUUUGCCAAACUAAUAAUAGGUUUAGACAUUGAUGUUUGAUAGAAUAGGUGUGUUAUGAAUGUAGAUAUCAUCAGAAAGCUUUAAUUACCACAGAACUCAGUUCAGCAA